GUGGGUAGGAGAAGAGUGUGGAAACGCGGGCGCCCGAGCCUGGGUGUGCAAGACUCGGGAAAGGUGCGGGACCUAUCAACAACCUCGCACCCUUCAAGAUCGGCGCACGGCGCCCGCCAGCCGGGUCCCGCACCCGCUGGUUAGCAGACCCGCACGUGGAGUUCGUUCCCUUCUCCCGCACGAGACUGGGCGGGGGACACAGACCCACCAGCCAGCACAGGCCCACAAAGCUGCACGCGGAUCCACGAGUGAGCAAACACACAGCAAUGAGCAGAUUUGUCGGUGCGCGCUUUGCUCCCCUCUCCUCCCCUCCCCCCUGCCCUCCCCUCCUCCACCUCCCCAGCCCCCAGGCCCAGGGCAGCCGCGCGCCGGGCGGGGCGGGGGCGGGGCGGGGUGUCGGGCGGCGCCGGCCCAAAAGGCGGAGUCGCGGCGCGGAGGGCCCAGAGCCGUGAGCACUGUGGUGAGCGCGCCGCGGAGAAAGCCUGCGGGAACCCAGACCCGGAGGAGACCCUCGUCCCCGCCCGGCCUGGCCCGGCCCCGCGCUAUGGAGUUCCUCUGGGCCCCUCUCUUGGGUCUGUGCUGCAGUCUGGCCGCUGCUGACCGCCACACCGUCUUCUGGAACAGUUCAAACCCCAAGUUUCGGAAUGAGGACUACACAGUACACGUGCAGUUAAAUGACUACCUGGACAUCAUCUGUCCUCAUUAUGAGGAUGAGUCUGUGGCAGACGCUGCCAUGGAGCGGUACACACUGUACCUGGUGGAGCGCGAGCAGUACCAACUGUGCCAACCCCAAUCCAAGGACCAGGUCCGCUGGCAGUGCAACCAGCCCAGUGCCAGGCAUGGCCCAGAGAAGCUGUCUGAGAAGUUCCAGCGCUUCACACCCUUUACCCUGGGCAAGGAGUUCAAAGAGGGACACAGCUACUACUACAUCUCCAAACCCAUCCACUACCAGGAAGACCAGUGCUUGAGGUUGAAGGUGAACGUCAAUGGCAAAAUCAGUGAGUGUCACAGCCUUGUGGGCCUCCUUGCUCCAUCCCUAUUCUGGGCCUGGUCUAGUGAUCUGGGAUGGUUGGGAAGUCCCACUGCCCAGCCCGCCCAGCAUUCCCACCCCUCUGCCUCCUUGGUGUACCAAGCACCUGACCUAAGACCAUCCUUAUCGUUCAGCUCACAGUCCUCAGGCCCAUGCCAAUGCACAGGAGAAGAGGCUUCCAGCAGGUAGGUGGCUGGAGCAAAUUGGGCCUGGGGCACAAAAGGGGGUCUGCUUGAAGAGGUUGGGUACAGGAGGUGGCUCUUUUACCAGUCAGGGGCAGGGGAAACCUCGCUGGGCUGAGGGCCAGUGCCAGUAGGGGGGCCGCUCACCUUGGGGGCCUCUGCCCUCUUACCUUGCAGACGACCCAGAGGUGCAGGUUCUACAUAGCAUUGGUCACAGUGCCGCCCCCCGCCUCUUCCCACUCGCCUGGGCUGUGCUGCUCCUGCCAUUCCUGCUGCUGCAAACCCUAUGAAGGUGUAUGCUGCAUGCACUGUAAGAACUGGAACUGGGCUGAGGGGGCAGGGCGGGCCUCCCUCACCUGCCUGGGGCCCCUCCCAAAGCCCUAGUCCUGGGAACCACUCCUACCACGUGCACAAGCUGCCACCCAGCAGCGUCAAAACGGGUCAGUAUUAAAGCUUUCAACCCAAAGGAGGUCAGCAAGCCUGACAGUGCCAUCCUCGCCUCCACCUCAGAGGGAUGGACAAAGAAGUGGACAGUCCUUUCCCCUUCAUUCCUGCCCUUAAGCCAAAGAAACGGGCUGUGCGGACAUGGCCUCUUAAGAAGGGCACUGUGGGAGCCGAGCUGAAGGGGGCUUGGGCUUACAUGGAUGGACACUGAGCUUGGCAAAGAUGUCCCUCCCAGAGAGAGCCAGGAUGGCUCUGAAGGAAAAGCAAGAGACAGUUUCCUGCUUGGGAGCCAGGGACAGGAGAGGCAACAUGCUUGGGCUGACCCAGCAUCUCCCCCAAGACUGUUCUCUGUGGAGGUGCCACGGAGAGGACUGUAGCCAGGCACUACAUCCUCUCCCACCCUGGGGCAUCACUCCACAGAGCUGUGCCAGCAGGGGGGCUGUGCCAACCUGUUCUUAGAGUGUAGCUGUAAGGGCAGUGCCCAUGUGCACAGAGUCUGUGCCUAGACUGACUGUAGCCUGAAGGGCAGGGCCCACGAGUACAGAAUCUGUAUAUGAACUAGAUGUGUGUCUGCUGAUUUCUACAACUGGAGUUUUUUUAUACAAUGUUCUUUGUCUCAAAAUAAAGCAAUGUGUUUGUUUUUUUGGA